CACAGCAUAUGGACAAUCAGUUGGUCUGGUGGAAAUUUCGCCCAGUAUUUUCUUUCCACAGUAUCACUCACUCCAGUACAGUUCAACCAGCUGCAUAAAAAACUGUAGCUGUUGGCAACUCAUUCCAGAGACAUACGUCUUCCCUUCCACAUAUACUCCUUCUUUUACUUCAUCUGCAUUGCUUGCCAAAAACAAAUUGCAUGGCCUCCCGCCCACGCAAGGAUCAGAUCCUCUUCCACACAUUACGCCAAAGAGAGAUUGGUGGCAAAGGUCGAGGUAUUCAAUCGGCCACCAUCCUCACUCGACAACUCUACUCUGCAAUUACUCCCAAUGAAACGUUAUACAAAGUCGAGUUGCCUGGCGGGUUUCUUCCAAGGCGAUUCACUCCUGAUGGCAAGCUGUUAAUCGGAUAUACCCGUCAAGGAGAUGGUAUUCGAGUGUACACUUUUCGUUAUCCAGGUAAACCGUUGACAGAACCGCCAUCGGAGAUCAAUACUAGUCAGGACGAUUGGCAACUCAAAUUGGAGGAUGACAUUUUCAGCCGUUACUUCAAAUUCUUAUACCAUAGCGAAAUCAUUCAAGAACCACGACACAGUUUAUGCAAAGAAUUCUGUCUUGUUUCCUCUGAUCACCAAUAUAUGAUCCUGGCGUCUUCUGCUCCGUCUAGGUGCACACCAGGAGAAUCCCGACAAUACCUAUGUAGCCUGAGUAGUAUAUCCGCCUUGAUGGACACGAUAUUCUAUUCGGUCGAUAUUCAAACUGGGCAGGUGGUCGAUACACUGUGUUUUCAAAACGAUUAUAUUUUAUUACCUCAACAUGCAGGUGUCAGCCUUUUUCAAAAUAUCUUUGCUGUCAUGUCGGUGCAGAACCAGACAAUUCAUUUAUUCCAAAUCAUGGGAACCGGCUGUUUGAGGAAACUGCGCUCAAUUGGAUGGUUCAAUAAUGAAGACGAAGAAUCUUUACUUCGACAGCAUAUUGCCAAGGAAACAGCGUUUCGUGAGAACCAAGAAAGCGCCAUGAAAAUGUACGAGCAUCAUGGACUCAAGCGAACUGCAUCUGUGGCCGAUCUUGACCAGCCACCACGAGAGAGUCACACUAUGCCGUAUCUUCUGCCUCAUCGAGCACCAUCUCCCUCCAAUACCCAUUCUCCUAGAUCGACGGUGUCAAACGACGCUCUUCCUGUACAUGAACUAGAAGAUACGUCUUUAGAGCUUCCAGAACCCACAAAUGCUGAUACGGAGGAUGAAUGCGAACAAAAAUAUGAGGAGGAUCCAAGGUUGAUCAGUGGAUUUAGGCAAAAGUUCAUGGUAUACAUGUUUCGCCAGGCCGCCAAUGCCAAAGACAGUGGAGUGAGCUUAAGGCAUUUUUAUUGCAACUUUGAUGCUUUCGCGCAAAUGAAGCUAUGGCGAAUCCAAUUGCUAAGUGGGAAUAAGAUUUUGAUCAAAUUAAACAUCGUAACUCAGACAUCUAGCCGACAAACGGAGGCAUCUAUUCAGCUGGCCGUCUAUGUCGUAUACAACAUAGCCACCGCUGAAGUAGAAACUGUGUUUGACAACUCUAGUACUUCUGUGCUGGAGUUUUACGAAGAGCAUGCUGAUAUUCUACGUGGUGUGCCGCAUGACGGUAUCACUUGGCAUGGAUCUACAUAUACCAACAGUGAGCUUACCAAGGAUGCAUUGAAGAGACACAUUUAUGUAUGGCGUUAUGCAAAGAAUGGAGGGCGAGGCGAGGCAAUGCGUCGUCUAGCUCUCAGCUUUCCUCAAUGUCCUCAAUCUUAUUUGGAAUGUCCGUAUUUUGACCAGUCAAUGUUUAGCUUUGAUGACAAGUUUGUUUCAUCAUUGGAUGGUCCAAAGUCUUCGCUAGGAUCUCCUAUCAAGUUCUACGCCCGUAAAAGCGGAAGAAUGAAAUUCAAGCUAGACCCUAAUCCAAUGCCAUUUUUGACUCGACGCGACUCAUCUACGGCAAGGCGCUUCACAACGUUUAUACCUCAUCCUACGCUUCCCUUCAUUAUAUCCAAGCAGCAUGUUAUGAUGCGACCCACCAUUGUAAAUUUCCAUGUAUACAGCGAAAGACUUUGUAAUAUAUAAUAUCAACGUUGUCCACGAAGACCCAAGUAUGGGUGCGCCACAAAAGAUCCCUUCUCACGCCGUACGGUCGGACCCACUUAUUCGGAUUCUGUGUAUGAAUAGAGUGAGAAACCGUAGAGGACAGGAUGGGUGCAGCAGCGAUAGAAUGAAGUGGAAGGUGAUAGCA